AGGGAGCGAUCAAGCGAGCCCCCAUCGGCGGUUGGCGCGGCUUCCGGGCGCUUCGACCUGCGGGCUGAAUCCUCGCCGUGUGCCGCUCUCCAGGCAGCUGCUUGGAGGAGGCGCCACCGACGGUCUCCCUCCUUCCGCCUCCUCUACGAGCGGGACUCCCCCGGUUUGCCUCUACGUUGUGAUUGGGUGGAAGAUGGCGCUGCGCGGAUGGAAAUCCUAAUGACAGUCUCCAAAAUCGCCUCCAUCUGUACCAUGGGCGCUAAUGCCUCAGCCUUGGAAAAAGAAAUUGGCCCAGAACAGUUUCCAGUCAAUGAACACUAUUUUGGAUUAGUAAAUUUUGGAAAUACUUGCUAUUGCAAUUCAGUUCUUCAAGCGCUUUAUUUUUGUCGUCCUUUCCGAGAGAAAGUCUUGGCAUACAAGAAUCAGCCCAGAAAAAAAGAGAGUCUCCUUACCUGCUUAGCUGAUCUAUUUCACAGUAUAGCUACACAAAAGAAAAAGGUUGGAGUGAUACCGCCAAAAAAGUUUAUAACAAGACUGCGAAAAGAGAACGAACUGUUUGACAACUAUAUGCAACAAGAUGCACAUGAGUUCCUGAACUACUUAUUGAAUACUGUAGCAGAUAUUUUGCAAGAGGAGAGGAAACAGGAGAAACAAAACGGACGCCUUCCUAACGGCAGCAUUGGCACUGAAAACAACAACACGCAAGUCCCACCAGACCCAACAUGGGUUCAUGAAAUCUUUCAGGGAACAUUAACCAACGAAACAAGAUGUCUCACUUGUGAAACGAUAAGCAGCAAAGACGAAGAUUUUUUAGACCUUUCUGUUGAUGUGGAGCAAAAUACUUCAAUCACACACUGUUUAAGGGGCUUCAGCAAUACAGAAACCCUGUGCAGUGAAUAUAAAUAUUAUUGUGAAGAAUGUCGCAGUAAACAGGAAGCACACAAAAGGAUGAAAGUGAAAAAGCUUCCUAUGAUUCUAGCUCUGCAUCUGAAGAGAUUUAAAUAUAUGGAUCAGCUACAUCGAUAUACAAAACUCUCUUACAGGGUGGUGUUCCCCUUAGAACUUCGUUUAUUUAAUACAUCAGGGGAUGCCACUAAUCCUGACAGAAUGUAUGAUCUCGUGGCUGUGGUGGUUCACUGUGGGAGUGGACCAAACAGAGGACACUAUAUUGCAAUAGUGAAGAGUCAUGAUUUUUGGUUGCUUUUUGAUGAUGACAUUGUAGAGAAAAUAGAUGCACAAGCUAUUGAAGACUUCUACGGGUUAACGUCUGACAUCUCAAAAAACUCAGAGUCUGGUUAUAUUCUCUUCUAUCAGUCUCGGGACUGAAUGAAUCUGUGAUGAAAAGUGGCUUCCUGCUCCACCUCUUUUCUGGCUGCUGUGGAAAGAAGAAAAUACAAAUUCCUUUGGAAAACAAAAGCAAGAAAGCAGAGGAUCAAAGGAAUAGUGGCACAGUUUGCAAGGAACAAAGCCAAGGUUUCAGUGAAACUUUUUUAAACUGUUCAUAUCGUAUUAAUUUAAUUUGCUCAGGUUCAUUGUUGACAGUGCUACUCCACCACAAAUGCCCAGUAGAAAAAGAGAUGCCAGCCACUCUGGUAAGAACUUGUCAUCAUGCAGCUUAAACUAUACCUGGAAGACUUGAUCAGAUUUAAGUCUGGAAAUAUUUUAAUAAUCUUCAGUAUGCUUUGAAUUUUGGCUAGUGUUGCACUGGAAAUGAGUGCAACAGAAGCAAUAGAAAUUUGACAUACUAAUUUUUAUUUCGUAUGACUAAAAGUGCAAAUGAUUCACUAUACUGAUUUUACCUAUGCUGAAUUUCUAGGGGGUUUUGCACACUUAAUUAGAGGGUGUUAGCCUAACAGUUGCCUUCCUGGCCAGAAUAAAUUAACAGAACUUGGCGUUAAAACUAGAAUUAAGAAGGCAAGUAUGUUUUGCUUCUUGUAAGAAGCUUACAUUACAGUAAUAUGUACCUCUAUGGGAACAGCCUUGGGUUUUAAACUCCCUAUGGGGAAGAACUUGGUUUGUAACUAUAGUUUAUUUUUAUUUAUGCAUUAUUGCAACUUCUAGAGGUUCCACGUUUUCUAUUCUCAGUUCCAACAACUUUUGGAACAUAGAUUUGUAUAUUAGCUUGUAUGAGAUUUAAAUAUUCUACUCCAUUGCUCAUCUAAAAGAUAUAUCUAAAUUUUCAGUAAAUAACUUCAAAAUCUACUGGGAAGCUAUGGGACUUUUCUUCUUCCAUGAGGAGCUGGUUUCUCUUGCUAUCGUUUAUUUAAGGAGUUUGAAAUGGAACUUGCCUCUGGCAUUGUAAAACAGAUUACUUCUUUUAUUAAAGUGAGAUGCUAGAGCAUUGGUGAUAUGCUUAUUUUUCUGUUCUAAGUCUUCUGAACAAUAUGAUUGCAAUGUAGGAGACAAUUACGAAGGCCCCUAGGACCAGAGAGGCAAAUAUGCAUGUAGUUCUGGGCUUAAUUGUGACAUUAAAAUGUAAAAUAACUUCAGAAUAUAUUGAUAUUCAAUCAAUGGUUGCCAUGGAUAUGAAAAUCCCGGAUGUGUGUGUUAGUUGGAAUAUUCUACAAGGAAAAACAUGAAUAGUUCAAUACUCUAGAGCUGUGUGAUUGUUCAGUUCAGUAAAAUUGAAAAGGUACUAAAACGUGUUUGAGAUCUGAUUGGAUCAGGACAACGAGAGAUGAUAUGGAACGCUAUUGGACACUUCCAUGGAUCAUCAUUAUGUUGUCUGACAGUGGCUGAAUGUAAUUCUUUGCAGAGAAGGACUGAAUGCACAUUCUCAGUAAGAGCAAUCAUUGUUUGAUUUCUUGGCACCCCUUUCUAGAAUGUGCUUUCUUUCCUUUGUAAUUUUGUUUUUUUGGCAAGGCUGAAAUGUAGAACUUUUUUCGAUCUGCUGCUAUAACUAAUACAUUUACUUUACAUGUACCAUUUAGCUCAGGAAAAUGAACUAUAACUGAACAGGUUUUUAAUAGGGUCACCAAGUGGACUCUCUUAUUUAACAAUUGUGAAAAGGUCAUGUCAAAUUGUAAAGAUUUUUAUAUAUAAAAAUGACGUUUUUGAAGCCUU